AUGGAACAUCAGAUCCAUCACCAGUGGGGACUUGGGAAGAGAUUGAUUAUCUGGAGCAGACUAAUAUUAUCUACUUACACUGUUUCAGGUCUGCUGUGCUCAGCUGGAGAAGAGGUUGUCAGACUGCAGGAGCUGGAGGGAAACACUGUAACCAUCCAUACUGGAUUAACUGGAGUUCAGAGUGAUGCUCACAUACUGUGGUUUUAUGGACCUGAGAAUGCAGAUAUAAAGAUAGUGAACAGUCAGAUCAUUAGAGGAGAGAUUAUUACAGACUAUUACAGUGAGAGACUAAGAGACAGACUGCAGCUGAACAGAACCAGUGGAUCUUUAACCAUCAGGAACAUCAGCAGAGAAGAUUCUGGAGUUUAUAAACUGCACAUCAUUACUGGAAGUAUCUCAGUCUGGAGUUUCAGUGUUGAUGUCUAUGCGCCAGUAUCAAAGCCAAUCAUAAGAAAUCAAAAGCGCUCCAUGAGUCUCAGAGAGUCGUGUUCUCCUCUGUGCUCUGUGGAGAACGGGAAGGAUGUGAGUUUGUCCUGGUAUGAAGAGAAAGAGAGAAUCUCCAGCAUCAGCAGCUCAGAUUCCAGUGAACGUCUUUAUCUUCCUCUGAAUAAAACCAACCCAGACUGUUCUACUUACACCUGUGUAGCUGCUAAUCCAGUCAGCACUCAGACAACCCAGCUCAACAUUACAGAACUCUGCUAUAACAGCACAGAAGGGAAACCAUGCAGCGAAGCCUUCAGACUGAGUGCGCAGGCUGCGGAUGGAUUCACCAGCGUUGCUGCCAAAUACUUCAACGAGGCCAAAAGCCCAGCAAAUGGUGAGGAGUAA